GAAGCCAAGGGGAAGAUUUCUAUGCUGGAUGUUCUGGAUUCAGGCAUGGAUCUAGCUAGGUAUCUGUUCCAGUCCAAGCAAUGGGGAUAGUGAUGCUCCUCCGGGCCCUGGCUCUGCUCUCAAUCGCAGCUUCAGAGACUCUCAACCCGCACUAUGUGGUAGUGAUUCCAGCCAUCAUUCACCAUCCCAGCCAAGAGAAGUUCUGCAUCCACCUCAGCUCUCUCCCUGAGACUGUCCACCUGGCAAUCACCCUGGAGAUGACAAUCCGGAAUCACACCCUGGUGGAGAAAGAUGUGGAGAAGCCAGGCAUCUUUGAGUGCAUCAGCUUUCAGGUGAACCCAGGAGCUGUGGCUGCUGCAGUAGACAGCACUCUCACCUUCAAGUCCAACACGAACCUAACAACCCUUCCUGCCGUGGGUGUAUUGGUUGUACUCUGCGCUACUGCAUGUGACAGUCCCUGCAGUGUGCUCUGUCUACACAGGUGCAAUCCCCUACCCAACAUCUCCUGGCAGAACCCCCUGCAGUCAAACAGGUUGGAAAACAUAUCCAUUGCCUGAGCCAAGACUUACUCCAUGGUUGCAUUUCAGGACUUUAAAUCAUUCUUAAUUCCAGGUAGAAGACCC